UGUUCCAGUCGCCCCCCUGGUUUCACGUUGGAAGGGUCUUACGAAUUGUUUUGUGAUUGUUUUCAUCUUUUACUUUGAUAUUUUUGUGAUUAAUAUUAAUAAAAAUCAUGGCAAACAAGCAACGUGUUUGCAUUAUCGGAUCAGGAAACUGGGGUUCAGCUAUUGCUAAAAUAGUUGGAGCAAAUGCGGCAAGACUCGGUAAUUUUGAAGAUCGUGUUACAAUGUAUGUGUACGAAGAAAUGAUCAACGGAAAAAAGCUAACUGAAAUUAUCAACGAGACACAUGAAAACGUAAAGUAUCUCCCAGGACACAAACUUCCACCCAAUGUGGUUGCAGUUCCUGAUGUAGUAGAAGCUGCUAAAGAUGCAGAUAUCUUGAUUUUUGUGAUACCUCAUCAAUUUAUAAAUAAAAUAUGUGCUACGUUAUUGGGAAAAAUUAAAUCUACAGCUGUUGGUCUUUCAUUUAUUAGAGGAUACUUAAAAUAUACCGGCUUUGAUAAGAAAGAAGGAGGUGGUAUCGAGCUUAUUUCACAUAUAAUUUCGAAGCAGCUUCACAUUCCUGUUUCUGUCUUAAUGGGAGCAAAUUUAGCCUCUGAAGUAGCUGAGGAAAUGUUUUGUGAAACUACUAUUGGCUGCAAGGACAAAACUAUGGCUCCUGUACUAAGGGACAUAAUUCAAACGCCAUACUUCAGAGUUGUAGUUGUUGAAGAUGUUGAUUCAGUUGAAUGUUGUGGAGCAUUAAAGAAUAUAGUAGCCUGCGGCGCUGGUUUCGUCGAUGGUCUUGGAUUAGGUGAUAAUACAAAGGCUGCAGUUAUUAGAUUGGGCCUCAUGGAAAUGAUUAAAUUCGUGGAUGUCGUUUUCCCUGGUGGAAAACUAGCUACAUUUUUUGAAAGUUGCGGUGUGGCAGAUCUUAUCACUACAUGCUAUGGCGGUCGCAACCGUAGAGUUUCAGAAGCUUUUGUGAAAACGGGCAAGACUAUCGAAGAAUUAGAAAAAGAAAUGUUGAAUGGACAAAAACUACAGGGUCCCUUUACUGCUGAAGAAGUAAAUUACAUGUUGAAAGCAAGAAACAUGGAAAGCAGAUUUCCUCUUUUCACGGCUAUACAUCGGAUUUGUGUUGGUGAGAUAAAGGCUACGGAACUAAUUCCAUGCAUACGCAAUCAUCCGGAACACAUGGGAUCAGCCAUUGCAAAAAUUGUGGGUGCCAAUGUUGUUAAAUAUAACAACAAAUUUGAAACACGUGUCACAAUGUAUGUUUAUGAGGAAAUAGUGAAUAGUCAGAAGUUGACUGAUAUUAUUAAUCAGUUACAUGAAAACGUGAAAUACCUUCCCGGGCACAAGCUUCCAGAAAAUAUUACAGAAGAAUCAAGCAUUCCCGGAUUCAUCCAAUUAUUUCAAAUUUGGAUUGCUGCUUUGGAAUUACCCUGUCGCUUACAUAGAAGAAUGUAUUGUACAGGGUGGUCCACCCAACUUGUUCACCCCGAAUAACUUCUAAAGUAUCCAUUGUACGAACAAAUUUUUUAUAGAAAUGCUGUAUGGUUCGGAGGGGCACAUGUAUUUUUAUUAUAGGUGGAGGCGUUUCGAAGAUUUCAAGGUCAACUUCGUUUUUCUAAAUGCAAUGCUAUACUUUUUAUGCCAAAAUAUCGAAGAAUUUUGUAUUCUGAAUAAAAUG